AUGAAUGCAUCGCAAUUGUGCGGUACGCUACAGUUCGUCAAACAUAGACAAACUGGUUGUGUAAGUAUGGGAAUGUGUCUCACCAUCAAACCAUCUCCUUCAUCGAAGAAUCUCGAAGACGGUCUGCAGGCGAGCAACGACUAUUGUCGUCUGGCAUUAUUCUCCGCUAGUCGUAUAGCUCACUUCAACCAUUAA